CCUGUUAAAGGCAUUAAAGUUGGUGUCUCUGAUGUUGUCCCUUAAUUUCCUUCUAUUGUUUUUAAAAUCCCACGCAUUCUGCUUCAGCGGGGAGUGUUAGGCUAAAAAUAAGUGUUGGACUCUCGGCUAAAGAUACAAUUUCACAGCGAGUUUACUGGAAGUUUGGGAAGAGUGACGCGGGACUCAGCCGCACUUUCGUCUGAAAUAAUCGCUUGGAGACGAAAAAUGAUUUCGUGGGACUUUUGGACGGUGGCGAUCAGCGCGAUAUCCGUCUGUAAUGCAGCUCGUCUUCCUUCGCCAGCGAACCCAUUAUAUGUUUGGCGCGAUGAGUUUACCGUGUAUAUAACCUGGUCCUUGAAGAAACCCAGUGGUCUCCCAGACUCAUGUCAAAUUAAAUACCUAAUGGUCCAACCAGACUUGGAGCCAAAAUUACUCCACACCCCAUCUUAUCAAGACAUUUGGACAACAGAGGGGAAUGAAGCUGCUGUCUGGACGUACAGAGUUAAAAGCACAGUGGAAAACUGUAGCUCCUGGUUAGACAGCCAAGAGGAGACCAUAAUCGUCCGUCCAAAAAGGCUCGCUGAAGCGGUGAAGCAUAUUGAAUGUGUCCUCUAUUCCUCUGUGGACUUAAACUGUUCCUGGAUCCCAGUGAAUCCUUCUCUGGAUCUGAAACUCAGCUACAGGCUGUUGUCCAGUAAUGACAAACCUUUGAAAGUGUGUGAGCAGCCAUACAGUAGUGGGAGGGAGAAAGGUUGUUCUCUGAGAGAUGCUUUUUUAACUGAUCGCGUUCUCCUUCAUUUGAAUGGAACUCUGGAUCAGGCAGAAUGGAGCAGCACCUUUAAACGAAUACCUCGUUUUCAUGUAAAGCCACAUCCUCCAAAGCUGUCAGUCACUAGAGAAGGCCCCAAGCUGAAACUGAACUGGACACAGCCAGAAAACUGGAACUGUAAAAGUACAUGCUGGAUUUACAGGCUCUGCUUCACAGAAUGUGGUCAGCUGGAAGGAUGCCAGGACGUUACAGACAAGGAGAUAAUGUUGAAUUAUGUGGAACACUGUCGGUAUGACUUCAAAAUUGGCGUCAUGAUGUCAGACACGUGUGGGAAAGGCCAAAGCGACUUCAGUGAAGUCGUCUCUUACGGUGCCGAUGAUCGUCCUGACGGUUCUCUAGUGGUAGCGGUUGUCAUCAUCCCCGUCAUUCUUUCUGCCUGCAUCAUUGUCUCCUGCUUCUGCUUCAGGAGGCACCGUAAUGAUAUUUGGCCUGAUGUACCAAAUCCCUCAGAGCUGUUAAAGGGAAUGAUGAACGGAAAAGAGCUUCAGGCAUCAGAAGAUUUGUACGUUCCACUGCCAGAAAAUGUUGACGUUCUCACAAUUAUUCCUGGAACGAAAAAUGAUGCAUUGGCGCAAAACCGUUGAAGAGACAUGUGGCGUGCAUACACGCUGGACUUCAACUCUGAGGAUUCACACGAUGAUUUUGUCCCGUUGAAGCUCGCUUUGAGAACCAUUUUUGGGAUUCUGCUGUGCUCACUGGGGAAUACAGACGGGGAUUCUGUACUUGCACUGCCAAGACUGCUCAGGAAGCAGAAGCUAACCUGUUUAUUGUAUGAACACAAUCAUGGCCUUACAAAUCGGAAGUAGGGUGGGACAUAUUGCUUGAGCUAGAAAACAGCUGCUCUCUCGACAGCUUCUGUGAAUGCAAAAAAAAAAAAGCGAUGCUUUAAAGACCAUUUUUGGCCAGUGCUAAGAACUCUUUAUUACUGCAUGUCCAACAGAUUCAUUGUUGUUUUCAGGAACUUUUUCGACUUGCAUGAACUUCAGUGGCAGAAAUGAUCAGUGACCAAAAAUUUGUCGCAAAUAACGUGUUUGACUUCACAGUUAAAGUGACCUGAAUCUGAUUUUUAUAUUUGCACGAAACUUGUAUUUUAUCUUACCAGUUACACAGCAGCUGUAUUGCUGUAGCAGAGACACACCGUAUCUGGACUACAACUAGGAUGUGAAAAUAAGGGGAAAUAAUUGUCUCAUGUCCCAUUAUGUUUGAGGCAGUCUAGAAUUGUAAUUACACUGUAUAUACUGUGUGUAUGUUUUUGUAUAUAUGCAUGUAAUUGUGUUCAAUUCAAACUUUAUUAACCUUCUGGGGUCCACAAACUCGCCAGCAUGUCGAGAUCUUUUUGCCAUACCUUCAGUAAUUCCCCAUUUAAGGUACUUCAAAAUUUGAUAAUGCCCAUGUGUUGCAAAUCAAAACGUUCAGAACAACUGAGACAUAGUUUCAAAACCACUUCUUUUCUGCUGUCAGGAUGGUAAAGAUUUUGCCAUAGGUUGAAUCUCCCACCUGUGGAAAUGAGAGAUGGUUUGCUAAAAUUAGUUUUUUCUUUUGGGUGUAAAAACUUAGUCCAGCCCACUUAACCUGCACCUGUAUAGCUAGAGUGUCUUCUGUAUAGAAAACUGGACAUGAUUGGAUAGUAGAACUGUCAUAAUCUUCAUUUCUUCUACAGAAUCACUGUAAAUAUAGAAAUGAUUGGGCAUUAAUACCAAACUAGAGAAGAUUACGCCACAUUUCUUAUUCCAUAAGAUGGAAUCCUGCCUUGCACUAAUUCAGUUCUAACGUCAGUAACGGUUUCACAAAAACCACAAAAAACAAAAAAAAACUGAUGUUCCCAGUUGAGUGUUUGUUUUUUUUUAUUUUUUUUCUACAUGUAAACAAUUUAUUGACCACAGAUCAAGGAAGAAUCGGUGGCAAGUACUUGUACUCACCAGCUUCAGUGCUUCUGCCAGUUACCUUGUUUUGUUCUGACCAUGUCGGAAGGGAGUUUGCAGGACUCAAGGUUACGAUUCCAAGACCACCUUCUGGGGCGCCAGCUAUAGUCGCCAUCUUUCUUUCACAACGAUGCUCCACACCACGGGCAGUGUUUGUGUUCCAUGCAGUACCACACUGUUUAUUUUUCUUCAUGAUUGAAAAUGCUCAUGUAUCCAUCUCUUGACUUGUCUAAAGAAAAAUGCCUGUGAAAGUGAUGAUUAAUUGUGAUACUUGGAUGUGUGUACUUAUACACAGCAUUGUUUUGGCUUUUAUAUUUUAUUUAUGUCAUGUUGUCGAGAUUAGUUUUCACUGUGAGUGUAAAGAGCAUUAUUGCAGAAAUUUUAAAUAUGUAGAAAUUGUAAUAUGUAGAAGCCUGAAUUAUGUACCCCAUUCUCACCCUGGUUGGGUCAUUACAGCACUUCAGUACAUGUACCCCAUCUUGUUACUGAGCUUGACACAAUUAGAAAUAUGUUCCCACUUUACAGAGGAGUAGUGACAUACACAAGUCACAUUGUCAGUUUGUCAUGAGGUAAUACACUGAUACCCAAUUUAUGACUAAUAAAAUAGAUGUGGUUGUCUGU